CAAGUGCGGCGGCGGUGUCAGGGGGAAGAUGGCGGCGCUGAGGGCGGUGGGACGGCUCCGGGGCCUUUCGGGCCCGGUCCUGAGGCCCGGCCUCGGGUUGCCCGCCCAGCCCAGCAGAGGAGCCCGCCAGUGGCAGCCAGAUGUGGAGUGGGCGGAGCAGUUCGGGGGGGCCGUCAUGUACCCCAGCAAGGGGACCGCUCACUGGAAGCCCCCACCUUGGAACGACGUGGACCCCCCGAAGGAGAGGAAGGUGGCCAACGUGACCCUGAACUUUGGGCCCCAGCACCCGGCGGCCCACGGGGUCCUGCGGCUGGUGAUGGAGCUGAGCGGCGAGAUGGUGCGGCGCUGCGACCCCCACAUCGGCCUGCUCCACCGCGGCACCGAGAAACUCAUCGAGCACAAGACCUACCUGCAGGCCCUCCCCUACUUCGACCGCCUGGACUACGUCUCGAUGAUGUGCAACGAGCAGGCCUAUUCGCUGGCCGUGGAGAAGCUGCUCAACAUCCGGCCGCCCCCCCGGGCCCAGUGGAUCCGAGUGUUAUUUGGGGAGAUCACCCGCCUGCUGAACCACAUUAUGGCACUGACCACCCACGCGCUAGACAUCGGGGCCAUGACCCCCUUCUUCUGGAUGUUUGAGGAGAGAGAGAAGAUGUUCGAAUUCUACGAGCGCGUGUCCGGAGCGCGGAUGCACGCGGCCUACAUCCGGCCCGGGGGGGUGCACCAGGACCUGCCCCUGGGCCUCAUGGACGACAUCUACGAGUUCGCCAAGAACUUCUCCCUGCGCAUCGACGAGCUGGAGGAGAUGCUGACCAACAACCGCAUCUGGCGGAACCGGACGAUCGGCAUCGGCGUGGUGACGGCGGAGGAGGCCCUCGACUACGGCUUCAGCGGGGUGAUGCUCCGGGGUUCGGGGAUCAAGUGGGACCUGCGGAAGACCCAGCCGUACGACGUGUACGACCAGGUGGAGUUCGACGUCCCCAUCGGCUCCAACGGGGACUGUUACGACAGGUACCUGUGCCGCGUGGAGGAGAUGCGCCAGUGCCUGCACAUUAUCCUCCAGAGCCUCAACAAGAUGCCCCCGGGCGAGAUCAAGGUGGACGACGCCAAGGUGUCCCCCCCAAAGCGGGCCGAGAUGAAGACGUCCAUGGAGUCGCUGAUCCAUCACUUCAAGCUGUACACCGAGGGCUACCAGGUGCCCCCCGGGGCCACCUACACAGCCAUCGAAGCUCCCAAGGGCGAGUUUGGCGUCUACCUCAUUUCGGACGGCAGCAGCCGUCCCUAUCGCUGCAAGAUCAAGGCGCCCGGCUUCGCCCACUUGGCCGGCCUGGACAAGAUGUCCAAGGGACACAUGCUGGCAGACGUGGUGGCCAUUAUCGGCACCCAGGACAUCGUGUUUGGAGAAGUGGAUCGGUGAGGGGCAAGAGCGACUCCCCCCUCCCCCCCGAAGAUAGCCCCCCCCCCC